AUGGGCAAAUGGAAAUUCACAGCCGAGAAGCAAGGCUUUGCAGUCCUGUUGCUGCUGCAGUGCUGCUCUCCAUACAAACUGGUCUGCUACUACACCAGCUGGUCCCAGUACCGGGAAGGUGAUGGGAGCUGCUUUCCAGAUGCCAUCGACCCUUUCCUCUGCACCCACAUCGUUUACAGCUUUGCCAACAUAAGCAACAAUGAGAUCGACACCUGGGAGUGGAAUGACGUGACACUCUAUGACACACUGAAUGCACUCAAGAACAGGAACCCCAACCUGAAGACCCUCCUGUCUGUUGGAGGAUGGAGUUUUGGCUCUCAAAGAUUUUCCAAGAUAGCCUCCAACACCCAGAGUCGCAUGACUUUUAUCAAGUCAGUGCCACCGUUUCUGCGGACCCAUGGCUUUGAUGGUCUGGACCUAGCCUGGCUCUACCCUGGACGGAGAGACAAGCGGCAUUUCACCACCCUGAUCAAGGAAAUGAAGGCUGAAUUUGCAAAGGAAGCCAAGGCAGGAACAAAGCAGCUUCUGCUCAGUGCAGCGCUGUCUGCAGGGAAGGUCCAGAUUGACAGAAGCUAUGACAUCGCCCAGAUAUCCCAACACCUGGAUUUCAUUAGCAUCAUGGCCUAUGAUUUUCAUGGAAACUGGCACCAGGCCACAGCACAUCACAGCCCCCUGUUCCGAGGCCAGGUGGAUGCAAGUCCUGACAGAUUCAGCAAUGCUGACUAUGCUGUGGGGUACAUGCUGAGGCUGGGGGCCCCGGCCAAUAAGCUGGUGAUGGGCAUCCCCACCUUCGGGAAGAGCUUCACUCUGGCCUCUUCUAAAACGGGUGUCGGAGCUCCAGUCUUGGGGCAGGGAAUACCAGGCCAGUUCACCAAGGAGAAAGGGAUCCUCGCCUACUAUGAGAUCUGUGACUUCCUCCACGGAGCCACGGUCCACAGACUCCUCGGGCAGCAGGUCCCCUAUGCCACUAAGGGCAACCAGUGGGUGGGGUACGACGACCAGGACAGCGUCAAAAUCAAGGUGCGGUACCUGAGAAGCAGGCAGCUGGCAGGAGCCAUGGUGUGGGCCCUGGACUUGGAUGACUUCCAGGGCUCCUUCUGUGGCCAGAAUCUGCGCUUCCCUCUCACCAGUGCCAUCAAGGAUGCGCUUGCUGCGGCUUAGCCCUCUGUCCUCUGCACACAGUGGGGGCCAAAGGUGCCCCCACCGCCUCUGGCGCCAGCUGGCCGGGAGCCUGAUCACCUGCUCUGCUGAGUCUCCAGCUGAGCUUCAGUCUCCCUCCCUUGGAACCUGUGCAAAGGCCCCAGUGCUGAGAUUUGAGCUCAGCCCUGGCGGACAGGGAGGCAGGGGUGGGACUGCGGGGACAGUGAGGGCCUGGGGACCAGCACACGAUCAGAACAUACCUGUUGAUUAAUGAAAAUGCUCACAGACCAUAAGCCUGGCAUGAGAGGAUUUCUUCAACUCCCUUACCCCCAGCCCUCCUUACCAAAGGACACUAUCUUGGUCAAGCUUUACCACCAAGUAGCCAAAGACACAGUGGCCAUACUAAUUAUACCCUCUACAAAGCCUAAACCUUCACUUAGGAAUGUAAUCGUGUCUCUUAACCCACUUUCCUUUCUUAACUCCACAGCUGCUCAAUAAAGUACAAGAGUUUAACUGUG